GUUGAUAUUUGUAUACAUGUAUGUAACUACUUAUAAAAGUACCAAUUGAAUUGUGUAUAUACAAUUAUGGUAAUGAAAAAAUUUAGUGAACCAUCUUCUCCAAAUCCAAAUGAUGAAAUUGGUGAUAAUCAUAAUGUUAAUUAUAUAAAUGGCAUAGAAAAUAAUGAAGAUAUCAUAGAUUCAACAGUUAUACCUGUUGGUUAUGCUUUACUAGGUAGUGAAAUUGUACAUAUGGCAGAUGAUAACAUUGAUGAUAAUAAUGAUAGUGAGAUAAAUGAUUUGUCAGAUAGUGAAAAUGAUGAAAUUGAAAAUAACAAUGUAAUCAGUCAGCAUUUAUCAAAUUCUCAAUCAAUUGGAUUUAAUAAUGAUAAUAAUAAUAAUGAUCAUAAUAGUGAUCCAGUCAAUUUACAAGUUGAUGUAGAUAAUCUUCUGAAUCGACACUUGAGUCGAACUGAAUUUGAACCACGGGGAGCAUUUACAGCUUCUAAUUUGUGUACUAAUACGAUUGAUGAUUCAUCUCAUAUAGAAUUAUGGAAUCAGAACACACCGGCAUCCACAUCUCAAAUUACAAUUACUCCUGACGAAGCUGAUAAAAUUAAAAUGUACAUGUCUAAUUUUCAUUUACCCAUCUCUCAAUAUCCUACAUGGGCUACACAAAUACCAGAAGAAUUAUGGAAAUCGAAACUUUUGGAAAAAAUUCAGCAUAAUUAUAAACCAUAAAAAGGUGUUUGUAUUUUCAAGUUUAUUUUCUCUCUCUGUGUCUACUUUAUUUUUUUCUUUUCGGUUUCUUUAAUAACUUCGAAUUAUUCUCUGAUUAUAUGUUGAUUUCUUAUUAUUGUGAUUAUUUAUUUACGUUUGAAUAAUACAGGCAUUUACAUUUGUUUCUCUUACAUUAAGAAA